AUGGGCCCAAAUUCGGUUCGGUCCGGGUUGUUAUCGGUUCGGUCCGGCCGGUUUUACCGGUUCGGUUUAGGAAUUGACACCCCUAAUGAACAGUUAUGGGUAAAACUUAAUGUUGGACAGACUGGCUUUUAUAGGGUGAAGUAUGAUGAUGUCCUUGCAGCUCGACUAAGGAGAGCCAUAGAGGCUAAUCUUUUAUCCUCAACAGAUAGAUUUGGCAUUUUGGAUGAUUCAUAUGCUCUUUUCGAGGUUUCUGAGCUGUCACUAUCGUCGUUGCUUUCCUUGAUGGACGUAUACAGAAAAGAGAGUGAUUAUAUUGUAUUAUCAAGGCUAAUUGAUAUAAGUUAUAACAUUGUGAAGAUUUCAAGCGAGGCCAUCCCAGAUUCAUUGAAUGAGUUGAAACAAUUUUUCACCAAACUCUUUGCAAAUAAAUUGGGCUGGGAAACUAUAUCUGGUGAGAGCCACUUGAAUGCUAUAAUGAGGGGGGAGGUCUUGACCGCAUUGGUAGUCUUUGGCCAUAUUAUGACUCAAAAGGAAGCACUCAGGCGUUUCCAUAUAUUCUUGGGUGAUAGAAACACCCCACUUCUUCCUGCUGACAUGAGGAGGGUUGCGUAUGUUGCUGUAAUGCAAAAUGUUAGCGCAAAAAAUAGAACUGGGUUUCAAUCCAUUCUAAAUGUAUAUAGAGAGGCUGAUGCAGUGGAAGAGAAGGCUCGAGUCCUGCGUAUACUGGCAUCUUGUUCAGACUCAGAUAUUGUUCUAGAAGUUCUGAACUUUUUGUUGUCUGAUGAGGUUAGAGAUCAAGAUAUAAUAUAUGGACUUUCAGGAAUAAGCGCAGAAGGCCGUGAGAUAGCAUGGAGAUGGUUAAAGGAUAAUUGGGACCUAAUUGCAGACAGAUGGGGCUCUGGGGGCCUGCUCACCCAGUUCAUAAGAGAGAUUGUAACACCUUUUUGUAGCUGGGAGAAGGCAGAUGAAAUAGAAGCAUUUUUUGCAACCCGUGUCACUCAUGGAAUUGCCAGGACUUUGAAGCAAAGUAUAGAACAGGUCCGGAUCAAGGCCAGGUUGGUUCAAAAUGCCCAGAAUGAGCAAUCAGUCGGCGAGCUGAUCAGACAGUUGGCAUUCAGGGAAUAGUUGUUACAGCUGUAGAAGCUAGGCUGUUGAAUUUAUCGGAGUUCCCAACUCUGGCAACUUCCUCUCGUUAUUCACUAUUACUGGUUGGAAUCAUACUAUGCAAUAAUCUUUCACUAUGUAAUUCUCGAAUUCAAGGGUAUGAGAAAUUUAGCUAGAUAUUUUGUAUAUCAGGAGCAAUAUUGGAAAAGUUAGGAGAAAUAUCAAGCUAGCCACUAAUUGUUGAA